AUGGAAUCAGGGCUCGCGGAAGCGGAGGAGCGCCGAUCUCCUCGAGCUCGUUCUCCGGCGCGCGAGGCGUCAGUGGAGAGCGCGCCGCAUCAUGAGCCCCUUCGGGUGGCUGGCGUGCCUCCACGCUCGGAUCUUGGUUUGGCUCCCGAACAGGAUCACGCGUCGGGGAUAACUCGCUCCUCUCCCGUUGUCCCUGUGGCUCUCGAGGCUCCCUUGGCUGAUGGGGGUCAGGUCGCCGCGGCAGCUCCAUCGGCUCCCUCAGGCCGCGCUCCUCCGUUGUCACCGCGUGCUCCUGGUCCGAACGGCGGAUCGUCCCCGUCUCGGCGUGGGCGGUCUCCUCGCGCGUCGCCUCAUCGGCGGGAGCAGUCUCCAGCGCCACGGGCUGGUUCCCCCCGCCAGUCCCCGGUGCGCCGCCACGCGUCUCCUGCGUGUCCGGAUGAUGGCGCCGCUGGACCCCAGCCGCCUGUUCUACCGGCGCGUCGUGCAGCUCCUCCUGCAAACCGAUCCCGCUCCUCCCAUGGCGGUCGCGGACGUGGCCGUGGCUGGCGCGGCUGGAAUGGAUCCCCUGGGCGUGGAUCCUACCACACUGGACCCGCUCAGUCGUCCCUGGAGAGGGCGCUCCAGUCGCUUCCUUCCGUGCUUGAAGGCGCUCUGACGCGCGCCUUCUCGGCUGCUCCACACCCAGCGCCAACUCUUGACCCAUCCCGUUCUCGGCUCCCUGGUUCGUCCGCCGCUGCCGCUCUUGGUGGGCCUCGUGUUGCUGGGGAGGCCGUGGCGGUGGCAUCGACUGUGCGACCGCGACUGCUACGUAACUUCCCCACGGCUCACGAGGGUGGUCACCGGUCGUCUCGCCGCCUCGUGGUGGCGUCAAUGCAGGCACGCAACCGCGCGGAUCCUGGGCCGCCGACGGUGACAACCGCCAAGGUCCUUCUUCAGGGGAGCCCAUCGGGAUCUUACAUUGAUCGGGCGGGAGAAGCAUGCCUCCAGCAUGCAGCGGAGAUCGCUGCCUUGGUGGGGCCUGUGUUGGACGCGCCCGCCCGGGGAGGAGCUGUUGCCUCUACCCUCUUCCUCUCAGAUCUACUCCUCCGAGCUCACAUCUCCUCCUCCCGAGCUCAGAUCUACUCCUCCCGAGCUCAGAUCUACUCCUCCCGAGCUCAAAUCUACUCCUCCCGAGCUCAGAUCUACUCCUCCCGAGCUCAGAUCUACUCCUCCCGGGCUCAGAUCUACUCCUCCCGAGCUCAGAUCUACUCCUCCCGACCUCAGAUCUACUCCUCCCGAGCUCAGAUCUACUCCUCCCGAGCUCAGAUCUACUCCUCCCGAGCUCAGAUCUACUCCUCCCGAGCUCAGAUCUACUCCUCCCGAGCUCAGAUAUCCUCCUCCCGAGCUCAGAUCUACUCCUCCCGAGCUCAGAUCUACUCCUCCCGAGCUCAGAUCUACUCCUCCCGAGCUCAGAUCUACUCCUCCCGAGCUCACAUCUCCUCCUCCUGA